AUGUCUGCCAACGAUCAGUUUCCACAUUCUGGUAUAAUAAUUGCUGAUCAAGAUGAACCAACUGAUACUAUGGGAAAACUGGCAAAUGCUGUACUUGAUGAUAUUUUUUACAAUAUCAUUCAUGAUAUUGUAUUACAAACUCAUCGAGAAGAGAAAAUGGCAAAAGCAUGUUCAGCUGCUAUUGUCAUUGAACAAAAAGUCGCGGAAACCAAUCCUGAUGCAUCAGACGAUUCCUCGAGUUCAUGGAACACAAACCAAAUAAUAGAAACCGAUGCUGCGAAAUGGGAAAAUAAGGAGGUUUUCUUGAAAGGCAAUCCUCUAGAAUUGGUCGAUGAGAUUAUUUGCGCAAAGUGUGGUUUACCUCGACUUUUACAACCGACCGAUGGAGUGGGAGCCAAGAAACCUUCACCAGGAAAGGAGUAUUGCAAGAAGAGACCAUUCAUUGAGAAACCAUGGCAUGAUGUUUAUGGUCAAACAUAUGUGCCAGAAGGACCAGGUCGAGGAAAGAAGAAGAAGGAUAUGAUCAAUCCUUUACUACAACAACAGAAGGAGGGAACACCGAAUAGUAUGGAUGGUGAAGAUGAUGAACCUGUGAAACCAAUUUCAUUCCCUCACGCCAAAUGUCACAAUUGCAAUACAUUCCUACCGAUCAAACGAAUGAAUAAUCAUAUGGUGAAAUGUAUUGGAGGUGGAGGGAGAGAUUCUGCACGAGCAGCAGCUUUCAAGAUCAAUGGAAAUGGAUUAAACACAGGAAACAAUAGUCAAAAUGGUACACCACCAAUAAGUCGACAAGGAACACCACAACCCAAUGGUGGUAAGAGAAUUAGUCCCAAUAAACGCGAAGCAGCCGAUGAUCCAGAUUUCGAAUCCGAUUCUCCCCAGAAGAAAAAGAAGUUCCUCAAGAAACCAGGAAGUUCGGGUGGAAUCAUUCUGAAGAAUAAACUCAAAGGUCCGAAAAUGAAGACCUCUUCACAUCUUUCUUCUUCAAACUUAAGUAUCGAACACCGAAGGCCCGAUAGUGAUGAUGAUAAUGAUUCGGGAGAUGAUGAUCGGGAUGGUGAAUAUGGAAGAAGAGCAAGUAUUGAACCAAAAAAGAAGAUGUUGGUUAAUAAAGUGGGAGCAGGAGCAGGAGCGGGGGCAAGUGUAGUCAGGAAAGCAAAGGAUGGUCUUGGUAUUGCUGGAUUGAGCGAGAAGAAAAAGAAAAAGUUAUUAUUGGGGAGACCUGGUAGUGGAAGCUCAACGCCGGUACUAAAACCGAGUUCGAUACCAGUAGAUGAGGAGAUGGAAAGGGAGAGGAAGAAGAUCAAGAAUGUCAAUACGAAUGGUCAUAAGAGGGAUAGAGAGAGGGAGAGAGAGAAGGAGAGAGAGAAGGAGAGAGAGAAGGAGAGAGAGAAGGAAAGAGAGAGAGAGAGGAGAGGAGAGGGGAGAGAGAGGAGAGGGAUAGAGACAGAGAUUGGGGAUUAG